AUUUUGUUCCUCUGUCAGAUCAUCAGUGAAGGUUUAUAAACCCUCCAUUCCCUGGUUGAAGGCACACUGCUGCUAGUGAAUCUGGUUUCUGCUGCUGCUUUGAUUCUUCAUCACAACAAGGUAAAAUUUGACUGAACAAACCCAAAAAAAGCUGCUUACAAUUCUGUUCUUCUAAUAUAUGUUAUGAUAAAUUCUAGUUCUGAUUCUCAGAGACAUGAAAACUUGUUUCCAUCAUGUUUAUAUUGAUGGAUGAAAUGUAUGAUUUGGUUCAGCAGCUUGUUGAAAAUGUUGUAGAAAAUCAUCUAAUAUUUUGAGUCAUAUUUCAGAGUAACUGAAUGUUUCUUAUCUUCAUACAGAUGAAAUUUGUUCUUUUUACUUUGUUCCUUUGUGGAUUCAUCCUGGAAAUCAAUGGAAAAAGUUCAUCAGGAGCAUGGCUCCCAGAGGAAAAAUCCCUUGUUGCCUGUGAAGGAACAGUGGCUCGACUCCACUGUGAAGAAGGUCAGGCUAUCUAUGUGACCAGUGCUAUAUAUGGACGCAGCAAUCGGAUGACGUGCUAUGUUGGGAUACCUAAAGAGCAGACGAAGAACACUAAUUGUGCUACGAGGGCAGAAUCCGUGUUUCAGAGAUGCGAGGGGAAAUCAACGUGCAAUAUCUUAGCCAGCAGCUCUGUGUUCGGAGAUCCCUGUGUUGGGACCUACAAGUACCUGGAUGUGAUAUAUCUAUGUGAAAUUCCAUCUGCAACUGAAUGAAGCGACGAUCAGAUCUGCUGUGCUGAGGAUGAAAUGCAUCAUAAUCAGUAACAUCUACAGACGUUGUGAUCCACUGAUGUGCAGCUUCAUCUGUCUUCAGUUUCUUUUUAUGUUUACUUAGCAUUUUAUUUGUUUUUCUUCUCCAAUCUUCAUCUUUUUUUGCUUCUAUUUCAACUUUCCUCAAUAAACCUGACUUGCAUUUACA